AUGCAAGUAGAUGUCCCUUCGUCAAAUCCUAGGCCUCUACCACAGCCGGGAUGCCACCUCUCUCACCAAGUGCCCGUCUUGCGCAUGAUCCAACCUCAUUCUAUCCCAUUUACAUCCUGGCAUUGUCUGACAACACCGCUCGAAGACAAACAUUUCCAAGCUUUUGGCAAGGCCGAUUUGGACGUAUGGGCAGCCCCUCUCUUUGAGGUUCAUGGUGUGUAUGCAGUUGCUCAAGCCAAGGCAAGCAAAUCGGCUUUGAAGUAUGGGAAAACACGCAUUGCGAUCCUUGCAAAGCACCAUGAUGUUCUCGACCGAGUCGCUCAGCUCAUCUCGGAGAACAAUGCACACUAUCAUGCCCUGCUUGCUUUCGCAAUCUUCAGUCCUUUGGAUCCAUUCUCCGGGAAAGAAGUGGCAUCAUAUUCCUGGGUAUCCAAGGUUGACCUUCACUUCAUGGGUUGUGUUUGGGAGAGUGUCCCAUUUGAGGAGCUUUGCUCAAGACUUCUCGCAGAUGCGCCGCUGGUCCUGACAAAUGACAACGUUGGCGAAGAACUCCUUUAUCAUGGAUUUGAUCUGCUCGUGUCAACUGAGGCUCAAGCCGCCCUGAGGAAUGUAAAGCUGCAUUCCUUUGAUUUCAGCCCACAUGUCCUCAAUGCUUGGUAUGACACAAUGCCGUUGCAAUUCAAGAGUUAUGGGGUGACUCCUUUUAUGUUCGUUGCAUGUGCAUAUGAUUCGGCUCUGUUCAAGGGAAGGAAAGCAUUCAUGGCGGAAAUCUGGCGGACCGAGUCAGUUAUUGACGCUGCUCUUCGGAAUCUCAUGGAGUAUCUCUGCAAGAACUCCCAAGACGUCAUUUGCAGAGAGUCGAAGGAGAAGACAGAAUCAUUUCAGUAUCUCAGAGGGCAACGAAAAUGGCGACUCACCGUCGACACUGCCAUCAAGGAUUAUUGUCCUUACUUCAAGGUGAAACCAGGAACCCUGCUGCCCCGUCCAACUGUGAAUCCAGUGUAUCAAUCACCACCCAUCCUGCAGGAUCCCUCCACCCCUCCACCCUCUCGAGUCCCAACCUCUCCCGAUGCUGACUCCGAUGUUCCAUUGGCUGAUCAGCAAGGAGCAGAGCUCCUUUUCAUUCGGGAGGAGGUGCCAGGUGCAAAUGCGGAUGAACUAGGUGAUACCGUUGCCUCCGACUUGGCGGGUCUCACCGCAAUGGACACCGAUGAGGACAGUCUCGAGCCAGUUGACACAGAGUCAGGCACGUCAGGGAUUAUUGGCUUGCGUGGUGGCCCCUUGACUGUGAAUCAACGGGAAAUCAUUCAGAAACUGGUGAACCAGCACAUCAGUACACUGAUAGAUUAUGCGAAGCAGUGGAAAAAAUCUCCAGAUCUCGAAUACGAUGAUCAUAUGAAAGACCUUGGUGGGAAGACUUCACCUGGCUGGAAGGCAUGGGCAAGCGGAGUCAUCGAACAGCAAAAUGAGAGCAACAAAGGAAUCCUCCAGAGGCUGGCCUCUGAUCCACACGUUCAAGCGAAGAAUAUGAAUCUUUAUAUGAGUCGCAUUGCUAAAGAUUUGGCAUGGGCCAGGCCAAAUGGUAUUCACAUGGCGCUUGUUGUCAUCUCCACAACAGAUCAUCCUGUGAUGCACAGUGCAAAUGGUGUAAUUACAAACUCCCGUGCUAUCGAAGCCUUCUUUAAAUCUCUUUCUGGCUCGAACACAAUACUCAUCAAACGGAUGCGCGAGUUUAUAGCGAAUCAUGAUGGUGUGUCUGAAGGGCCUCAAGGAGGAACAUUUCACCCACCGCCGACGCCUAAGACCCAUGAUGAGUGUAGGUCCUCGCUUCGGUUACAUCUUGUCGAACACCUGCCCUCUUCUAUCAUGGGUGCUAACCCUAUGGACAAGAAAUUCCCCUGGGGACAGCUACCAGCCAAGCUGCUUCAGGCACACUCUUGUCUCACCCAGUGGCCCGAUGACAAAAUGUUCAAUUAUUACAAGCUUUUCAAGGAACAUUCUGUCAAGCUGGUUUCGGAUGGGGUAUUCAAAGCACUCUGGUGGCAGAUCAUGAAGCUUCCACCUGAUCAGAGACCUAAGGUUUGCCCAUUAACUGUGCAGGAUGAUCAGGCCGCUGUCAUCUCAAGCGUUUCUGGUGCGACCUUGGUCUCUGUUUCGCAGGCCCAACAUCCAAUGUGGACGCAUGCGGGGCCAAUCAGAGAUGAGGAUGUAGAGAUGGAUGAAAUGCCCACAUCUGUUCCAUCGACAUCCAUGCCACGGAAGCGCAGUGCUACGGACCCUGUUGGUCGGCCCGCUCCCAAUGAAUGA